AUGCGAACCGAGCAGGUACCGGGAACAUUUUUCUCUCACAUCAUUAGCCAGCUAUCGCCGUAUUCGAUCUAUAACAUCUCCGUACGUGCGGGCACCGACUACGGUGAACUGGGAUUACCGUCUUCCAAAGUUAUUUCCCUUCAACAGUACAUGGGUAAUGUAAUUCCCGAACUGCCAUUACGUACUCCGGAUCUGGAGAAAGACCGAGCGGAACAGGAGGAACAGCGAAGAAGGCAAGAACAGGAGCGCGAACGAGAACGACAGAGGAUCGAACAGGAACGUGAAAGGAUU